GCCUAAAUAGCCAGAAAUGGGAUCAAGUCUUAAUGAAUUGAGUCCAAUGUUAAUUCAGUUAAAGGCAAAUUUUAAGAUCGAAAUCCAGAAGCAUUGAUACCACAUGAGAUAUUUUCACAUGAAAAAGAAAACUGAAUUUCUUUGAAACGAUUGUUAAUUUGUUCACUAGUAUUUCUUUUUUGCUAAUUAAUUGAUCACUUUUCUUUAAUUAAAUAAUAAUACACUAAUUAGAGUUGAAAACUGAUUAAACUUUUCUCUCUGGUUAUUUAGGUUUUAUUGUGUAUCCAGGUUACAGGAGUUGUAUAACAACUGAGUGUGCUUGGUUUCACACCCACCAUGAGGUCAUUAUACCACCUCAUUUACAGGAUAACCUUUAAAAAGUUUCAUUUUUUCAGUUUCUUCAAUUAUCAGUACAUGUUCAAUAAUUGUUAUAAGUUUCUUGUCAAUUAGGAUAUGGUCCAACUGUAUUCUCCAUAGAGCUACUUCAUCGUUAUCAUCAUGGCGUCCAAGUUGGUAUUUGUUUGGGUUUCAUGUAAGAGGAUCAAUUGACCGAUUUAAACCAAUGAGAUACCAAAUUAAAUUGAAUCAUUCAGAUGCUAAGAUUGUAGAGAAAAAUAAGAAAAUUCAUUAAAAUUCAUGAUAUAGAGAAGAGAGAAAGAGAGAGAAAAGAGAAGAAGAGAUGAAACAAAAGAGAAAGAGAUAGAGAAAGAAAGUGAUUUUCAAGUUUUUGAAUUUUCGUUUUUUAAGAGCGUUUUUGAUUGUCGUUUUUGAGUGGCGUUUUUGAGUGGCGUUUGUUUCACUUUAUGUGUCACUUAUAACUAUCACAUGGAAAGAAAAUGAAAACAGGAUAAAACCAUAACAAACCAAAAAAAAAAAAAAGGCUCGGGGACUAUAAGACCAGAGAUUUCUGGUCGAAUAGGCUGCUCCCAAAGUGAAAGGUGAAGAAAUCACAUUUACAAAUUGAAGAGAAAAAAUUAACGCGCCAAAUACAAUUUCUUAUCUUAGGAAUUUUUUUCGCAAUUAACGUAAUUACUUCUUAAUUUGAAACAAUCAGUGACUCAUUUGUAAUAGAAAACCAAUGAACAAUUUAGAUUACAUGUAAUAAUUAAUAAUUUGAAUACAAUGAAGAUCUAAUCAGUUGAUAAAUUGGUGAAAACAAUGUUAACUUAAUAGUUGAUACGAAAUCAAUUUAAUCAAUUGAAGGUAGUUAAUUGCUACUAGAAUUUAUUAAAGAUCAUAAUUGAUUGCGGUGGGUGGAUUUAGUAGACUGUCUUUUCAAUGAUUAAACUAAUUUGAUUUGAGUAAAAGUAAAAUGUAAAUAUAAGAUUCAAAUUAUUGAUCAAGUUGGUUAAUUGUUAUUUUCUUGUGCCAACAAAAUGUUAACUAUUAAAAGUGAAUUUAUUUUAAUUGUUUUAACAAUUUGUUUUCAUUUUUUGCAUCAAGUUAAUUGUGAUUGUCCAGAUAAAGGUAAUCAAAGUAAAAUUAUUCCAAAUAUAAAAUCUCUUAUUAAUGGUAAAUCAUCUUACCGAUUGCGAGUGGAAAUAAUUAAUUCUGAUUAUGUUUCCAUUGAGAUUGAUGAGUAUUACAAUUUAAUUGAACAAUCAGGUUGGUUUAAUUGUUAUUAUUCAACAGCAAUUAAAGAUGCAAAUGUUGUGAAAGUUAAUUAUUAUCAAAAGACAAAGGAAAUAUUUACAAUUACCAAUGAAAAUUGUGUAACCCAAACUCUUGACCAUGAAACUGGUCAAGCGACAAUCAAUCAAUGGUUUAAAUCAGAAAAUUUAACUAAUCUAAUGAUUAACGAUUAUAAUCAAAUGCUUGGACCUUCAUUACUAUUUGAUUUCAUUGAAAGUAUUGAAAAUGAAAGUAAAUUCAUUGGAAGUGAAAUGAUUGAUGGUCAUUCAACUGACCAUUGGUUUUACUGUUUGGACUCGACUAGUGGUCAGUUUAUUGAAUUUUGGUUCGAUUCUAAAUCAUUUGAACCGUUUCGAGUUUCAAUUUAUCAAUCAGAUGAAUUAGAACCUUUGAUUGUUUAUAAUUUUAUCGAGUUUGAACCUUUAAUUGACCUCGAGGCGUUUGUUUAUCCCGUUGGAUUUGGAUGUCAACCGAAUGGUCAGUCAAUGGACAAAACUUUCCCCUGGAAUAAAAAUAUUGACUCAUUUUCUUUACAAAUGGAAGCGGUCAUUUCAUUUGGAUCAUCGGAUAAAACUGAACUGACCAGUAUAAAGAUAACUAAAUAUCAGGAAACUUUUUCAUUUGAAAUAAAUGAUGAAUCAAAAAUUAGUAAAAUUAUUCAAAAUGGUCAACACUUUGGACGAUAUUUAAUCAAUCAAACAACUGGUCAGUGUACAAUUGACGAGAUUGACCCAAUUGAAAUUGACCCGACAUUAAAUCACAAUCACAUAACAACUUGGCCUUACCACAAUAAAGUAGAGUUUAAUUUACUAACUAAGAUAAUCUUAGAAUCGGAAAUUAAAGUUAAUUACAUGGGAGAAAUUAUCAAUUCCAAUGGUCAAACAAUGGACAUUUAUGAACAAUCAAUUAGAAACUUUUUCCUCUACGAUUCACCAACAACAAUUGACGCAAUUGCUAAUUACUAUUUUCCAGUUCAAUCAAUUAAUCAACAACAACAAUCAAUCCCGAGUAAAAUAAUAAUCCGACCAAUUAACGUUGAUAAAAUAGUUUCCCAUCAACCGAUUCCCUCACUAAUUGAGAUGACAACAAUUAACCAUUCAGAGGAUUUAAAUGAGGAUCCAAUUGAUGGUCAGUUUGAUGUAAGUAAUUGCUACUCUGAGACUGGACGUUACACUUGGUUCCAAUUGAUUUUAUCCGAUCUUGAUGAUAUUCCGAUUUCAAGUGUGUCAACAAUCAGGAGAGCAAUUAGUAAAUUGUUGGAAUCAUUUAUUCCCAAAAUAAGAUUACCCGAAAUAUUGGUAACCAUUGACGGAACGGAAGUUUAUGUGACCUGUAAAUUGUUGGAAAGACCAUCGAUCAGGUUUAAUUAUCUUGGCCAAGAUUCGUAUACAAUUAGCAAUCCAAGUGUGGUGAUUGGUCAAGACAAUCUAGAUGAUUGCGGUCAAUUGUGCACCGAUGAUGUUAAUUGUCUUGAAUUCUCGUAUUGUAAAGAUACACGUUGUUUAAUUUUCUCACCUUCGAGUCCAUCAUUAUCAGAACUUUCAUCGAAUCUUAAUUGUUCAUUAUUUCGUAAGAGCAUUUUCAAUCAGAAUGACCUUUACAAUCAAGACAAUAAAAGGUUCGACUGGUCAUCUAAUCAAUUGUCCAGUUCACGAACUAUUUUACAUCAAUUGAAACGAAAAUGUGACGAUGGGUUAAUUGUUAUUCCAGAAUUAAAUUUAUCAGCUGAUGAUUUAUUCAUUGUUAAUGGUCCCGAAGAUGUUGGCUCUUUGGCCACCAAGUAUAAUGAUCUUGAGAGUGAUUUAAAAAAGGUCAACAAUUAUAAUCUAAUUGGUAAAAAUCGGCGACUAUCAACUGGAUUAACGACAAUUAAUGAUAUUAGUUAUCAAGAGUGUCUUUUAUUAUGUGAAAACGAUGUUAAUUGUUACAGUUUAUCAUUUUGUUCAUCAACUUUAUCCGAAUGUAUCUUAUCCUCAUCGACGAGUAAGUUAAUCACUAAUUCACUUAAACAAUUAACAAGUUUCGCUGAUAAUUGUAAUCUUUUUGAAAAAUCAUAUUUGUCCUUUUACAAUAAAUUUCCUGGUACAAGUUUGGUGAUCGAUUCAUUGGAAACCAUUGAAAAUAUUGAUUCCGUUAAUUGUGCUGAUCGUUGUUUACAAUUAGAUUCAAAUUGUCAAUCAUUUGAUUAUUGUGAUAAUAAAAAUCAACAGGAAUCAAGUGAUAAAUCAAUUUGUGUCCUACACUCUUAUCAUGUUUCAAUUAAUCAACUAAUUAACGGUAAUAUUUGGGACUUUAGUAAAUCAAAAUGUGAUCAUUAUGCAAAAAGAUUAUCUCGAGAUUAUCAACAUUUACCUGGAGUUAAAUUUGAUGAUAAAAAUGAUUUAAUUCAAGUGAUUAAUGAGAUUACCGAUGUAUCAAUGGAAAGAUGUGCUUCUAAUUGUAAUCGAUCACCAAAUGAUUGUAAAUCAUUUGAAUUUUGCGAAAAUUUUGGACCAAAUGAUCAACAUGAUUAUCUAACAACUUGCAGAUUAUCAACUUACAAACCAAGUUCAACAAUUAACAAUCAAGGAAUAGAAUCAUCAGUUAAUCAAUGUUCAGUUUAUGUUAAGCAAAGAUUAACUGAUAAUCGCAAUCAGUUAAUUGUGGAUAAUUAUUCAAUGGCCAUAACCUUAAAUGCUUUCUUUUUCAUUGGAGCCUUUGUUUGUGGUGUAAUUGCUUCAAUCUACUAUACGAAAAAAAGAUGAAAAAUUAACAACAAUUAACUAAUUGUUUCUCUCUUUAAGAAAUAAAAAUCUCUAGACAAGUUUAUCUUUCAA